GCAGACUCCAGACGAGAGGAAGUAGGCAGGUGUCUUGUGAUGUAUGUGUGAAGGACUGUGAAGGACUGAAGGAUAAGCCGCCGCCGCCCGUGCGCCCUCGAGCGGCUUGGUGUUCUUCAAACUGUCACCCCCUCCACCGCGUCGGACGCUUAAAAAUCAGAGCGCCGACUGGCUGCUUGAUGACCAACGGCGAGGCGUGCACUGUGCAAUGCCGGCGACGCGGGUGCUGACAGCUCUGGCAGGAUGUUUACUAACGCUGUCCGCUGCACUCUUUCUCGUGCCUCCCCGAGCAUUGCCGGACCGUCUGGCCGUGAUCGCCGAGGACGCAGUGCGAAUCGACAAUGACUUUUAUUCCACUCACGACUGGUGGCAUGUGGACCAGCCUCUUCGACUUUUCAAUGCCGCUCGAAUCCCCUGGUUCGUCCAGCAAUGGAGCCACAAGCUGUCCGGUCCCUCCGGUGACGAGAGGUCGCCGACUUUCCUCGACGUUGGCUCUGGUGGGGGCAUUGCCACCGAAGCCCUGGCCCGGUCCUUUGCCUCUGCCCGAUUCGUCGGAGUGGAUCUAUCGGAAGGCUCGAUCGUUGCUGCGCAGCGGCACGCAAAGGUCAGCGGCCUGGACAUCGAAUACAUAGUCGGACCGGCGUACGACCUGCCCUUUUCUUCGGCGACCUUUGACGGCGCGGUGUGCAGCGACGUGCUGGAGCAUCUGCACGACGUGCCCCGCGCCCUGUCCGAGAUUGCGCGCGUGCUGAAGCCAGGCGGCGUCUUUGUCUUUGACACAAUCAACCGCACCCGCUUUUCGUGGUUGCUCGUCGUGCGCAUCGCCCAGGACCUGCUCCACAUUGUGCCUCACGCCGCCCACGACUGGCGCCUCUUCAUCACGCCCGCCGAGCUGGAUCUGGCUCUGAGGCAGGCAAACUUGGUGCCGUGCGACUUGGCAGAGAUCGUAGGGAUGCGUCCCACGGUGCAACUGCGGCCGCUUUUCGAUGCAAUUCUCGGAAAGUACUGGACGGGCGGAACAAGAGAGAGGGGCUUGCUCGCUUCGCUCUUGGGUCCGUGGACGUUGACGGCGCACCAAGGUGGUUCCUACCUUGGCCACGCCACAAAGGCACCAGUCGAAGAGCCACACUGAUCACAAGCAGAAAAAGGGUUUUGGGGGGCAUUUACGGUACAGGCACCGUCGCUUUUUACAUUCUUCUCCUUCGGACCCUCGUCCCUUCUCUCUAGAAUGCUACAGUACACAGAGAAAUGAUGGAGAAAAGCAAGGAGGGAAAUAAGAGUAACUUCUAGUCGUAGUAAUGGUAGUAGUAAGAGU